UGAUUGCGGAAGAUCGCAAGAGGAACGUAAUUUGCUGCGCUGUGAUUGGCUGGGUGGAAUCCUGGCGGAAGAAGCCGCGUAGUGCAGGUGGAAAGCGCUGCGGCAGGAAGAUGGGGUGGCCUGUGCCACCGAUGACUUACAUAUUACUGGGGGGACAGGGGCUGCUUCUCACCUUCUCCCUCAUCGCCUCCCAGAACCAGACCAGCCCUGCCUCCUCCGUAGAGCCCAGCACUGUACCGGAGCCCAAAGACCCCCAUGGUCCCCUCAUCUUCUGCGAGUACUUACCAGAAGAGUUCAUCCAAUGUGAGGAUCUGAUGGAUCAUACAGGAAACGUGACCAUGCAGCAGGAGAUUGGCUAUGGCUGUGCCAGGUUUGGAGGACAGGCAUAUGAUGACGUGGAGCAUACAAAAGUCAUGUGCCGUGCUCUAGACGAUAUUGAAUGCGCUGGACCUCGCUCUUUUCAGCGUGGGAAUAAACCGUGUAUCAAGUACACAGGCCACUAUUUUAUUACCACGUUGCUGUACUCCUUCUUCUUGGGAUGCUUUGGAGUAGAUCGCUUCUGCCUGGGACACACGGGCACCGCUGUGGGCAAGCUUCUCACUCUGGGAGGUCUGGGCAUCUGGUGGUUUGUGGAUCUUAUAUUGCUCAUCACAGGUGGGCUCAUGCCUAGUGACAACAGCAACUGGUGCACAAUAUACUGAUAUAUAGACUAUCCAUGGGGGACGCUGCAAUCUGUAUCAGACUUCCAGCUGCUGAAUUCCAUGUGGCAGCACCAUGGCACAAAGACAACACUGAAUGGUUUACACAGCUGGGCUCAUAUGUAAGAUACAAUGAUGUAAAUAUGUUAUACAGUGUACAGCAAUGUUUAAUGUUACACUGUAAUAAAUGUAAUUUAAGAUGGUAA